UUACGUCAAAUGUCAUUACUGUACGUCUUAAUUCUUGAUGUUUUCGAUUUUUGAACGAACCAAAAUCGAGUUGGUUUGUUCGCGGACAGGGUUUCGCAAUAAUUAAUUAAAUUAUAACUAAUAAUCAUGUUGUCCAGCCUAAGGUCUGGAGUUAACAGCUUGUGGAGGGUGUCUUCGCGAGCCCUGCAGACAUCAUCUACUCUUCAACAUGAUAGUUUGUUCGUGCACAGAGAUACCCCCGAGGACAACCCUAAUAUUCCAUUCGAAUUCACAUCAGAAAACAAACAGAGAAUCGAUGCUCUCUUAGCAAUUUAUCCCGAGGGCCAUAAACGUGGCGCCAUGAUCCCCCUGUUGGAUUUAGCUCAACGUCAAAAUGGUGGUUGGCUGCCUAUAUCGGCUAUGCACAAGGUAGCUGAAAUAUUGAACCUCCCGCGUAUGAGAGUGUAUGAAGUGGCCACAUUCUAUACAAUGUUUAUUAGGAAGCCAAUUGGCAAGUACCAUGUGCAAAUUUGCACUACCACUCCUUGCUGGUUGAGAGGAUCGGACGCUGUUCUGAAGGCAAUUAAGGAUGCAACAGGCUGUGAGGUUGGUGGGAACAGCCCUUGCGGAAAGUUCUCUUUGUCUGAGGUGGAGUGCUUAGGAGCCUGUGUUAAUGCACCAAUGUUACAAAUCAACGAUGAUUAUUAUGAGGAUCUCACAGUCGACGAUACUAAGGAAAUUAUCGAAAAGCUGAAGAAGGAUGAAAAACCAAAACCCGGACCUAGGAGCGGUCGUUUCGCAUCAGAACCUCUCGGGGGACUCACAUCCUUGACUGAAGAACCAACUGGCCCUGGUUUCGGACUACAGGACGCGUUGAAGGCGUAAAAUAUUGUAAAAUAAAUAUUUAAAUAAAUCAUGUUAGAUUGUAA